GGAUGACAUAUUGUCCGUGGGAUCUCAGAGACUGUUUGCGCCGUGUGCGGAGAUCGGUAGAGGGAGUCGCGAAGAAGCGGGCUAUCGGCGCCGCUGGACAGUCUCGAUGGAGGUGGUAAAGGGCGCAAUUUCGGGCGGUGCAGACGAUCUCUUGAUAGAAUGCCGGUGGUAGGUGGGUGCCUGGCGAACAGACAGGGUCGAAGGAUUGUCAGCAAAUCAGUCGCGCCUUUGCUUCUCAAACUCGACGAACGGGGUCUCUCAGGCUAUAAGAUCGAAGGGCCUAGCAUCGAGAAGAUCUUCCUUCGGCUAUCCGACGAGAUGAAAUCGGAAAUUCCCAGCAAGCUUACUGCGAGCAGCGAGCACAGGGAUGGCAUCGAUACCUCUGAUCGACCCAUGACCCUCUACACCGGAAAGCCAUGCGGGCCAUUGAGACAGAUGCGCGCUCUCUACAUCAAGCGGCUCGCUAUUCUCAAGCACAACUUCAUGCCUUACCUCGCAGCCUUCUUCGUCCCGCUGGUCUUGGCUGGGCUAGUACCACGCUUCCUUCGCAGCGCCGAAGCAGGCGGUCUUCAAUGCAGCGAUCCGAAUGCAGGUUCGACUUAUGAAAGCAAUCCCUCUACGCUUCUGCCCCAGGCCUUCCUGUACGGCACGACUGUCGCGCCACCCAGCGCGGUGGAUACAUUGGAGAGACUCCUACCCCGAAACGGUUUUUGCUACCAGCCGAGUGGUACGGCUGGGUACUCCGGGGUGGGAUACUGCGAGAAUAGCGAUUACGACACCAAGCCCUGGAGUGAGGUCACGACUGCCACCUCUUUGGACGCCUUCAACGCUGCCAUCAUCCCUCAGGGGCAGUACGGGUACUCGCAGGGCGGAUUCUUCGUCCGCGGGAACGACGCCCCUCUCCUUGCCUUUGCCGCGGGUUACACAUUUUCUGCGAGUGUGGAAAUGCUGGGUGCCUUGGACAUGGUCCUGACUAACACGACCGUGGGGGUUUCGCACGCAUCCUUUGGCCAGAAGUAUACGCCGCAGGACUUCUAUCAGUCGCUCGUUGCGGUGUUUACAACGAUUGGGUUCUGUUUGUUCCCUGGUCUUUUUGCACUGUACCCCACAAGGGAGCGAUUGCAAAAGGUUCGGGCCAUGCAAUACAGUAACGGCAUCACGAGCGGUCCGCUUUGGGUUGCAUACGCCUUGUUCGACUUCUGUUUCCUGUUGCUGAUCGCGAUACUGGUGACUAUCAUCUGGAUGACCAACGGAUACGGUUACUAUGGCUUGGGGUACAUGUUUGUAGUGCUACUUUUGUAUGGGAUGGCCGCGACGGCGUACUCGUACGUGAUCUCGCUAUUUGCGCCGUCACAACUUGCUGGCAUCGCGAUGACAGUCAUCGUUCAAGUCGUAAUAGCGAUGCUGUACUUUGUCGGCUGCUUCUUGACAGUCGAUUCGGCCAAUGUCACGGUCGUCGAGCACGAUCUGAACAUUCUUUACUACACCAUCGCUCUGAUCUGCCCGGCUGUCAGUCUGCUGCGCGCACUCUUGGUCAGCAUGAACAUAUACUCCCUCUCGUGCGAUGAGGCUAUACUGGCAUCAUAUGGCGGCGCCAUGGACCUUUACGGAGGUCCCAUCCUCUACCUCGUCCUGCAAUUCAUCCUCCUUGUGACGCUUCUCAUUUUCUACGAGUCUGGCGGAAGCCUGGAAGCAUUUGGCAUCCAUAUCGGGCCGGCGAAGAAGCACAAGGACCAUGAAGACGAUGAGAAAGGCAUCGUAGGCUCGGACGCCGAGUUGGGAGAGGAGAUCCAUCGACUGUCCUCAAUGAACGACGGGUUGCGGGUACAACACAUUUCCAAGACUUUUGGACGCAACAAGGCUGUCGACGACAUCAGCUUUGGCAUCCUACCAUCGGAGAAGUUCGCUUUCAUCGGUCCGAAUGGCGCCGGUAAAAGUUCUAGUAUCAGCUUGAUUCGAGGCGAACUGCGUCCGGAUCCUUCGCGACGAUCCGAAAUCCAUAUCGCUGGAGACAGUCUGUUCGAUUCGCCCGUCGCAGCCAAAAGCCAUCUCGGAGUAUGUCCCCAGUUCGACUCCGUGGACUCGAUGACCCUCUCUGAGCACCUCCACUUCUAUGCUCGCGCCCGUGGCCUUCAAGGCAGAGAAAAGAACUCAAACGUCGACGAGAUCAUCAACCGCCUUGGCCUCACUGAGCACCGGAAGAAACUUGUGAAGAAGCUCUCCGGCGGCACAAAACGCAAGCUCUCCCUCGGCAUCGCUCUCAUCUCCAAUCCAUCGGUACUACUACUCGACGAGCCUUCGAGUGGCAUGGACGCUGCCGCAAAACGAACCCUCUGGGCCACCCUCCACGCUAUCUCCGCAGGUAGGAGUCUGCUUAUCACGACGCAUAGCAUGGAGGAAGCGGAUAAUCUGUGUGAUCGAGCGGGCAUCAUAGCGAAACAGAUGCUGGCACUUGGCACGAUCUCGGACUUGCACGCGAAGUAUGCCGACCGAAUUUACGUUCAGCUCGUCCAUGAACAUGCUCCGCGUUCGACCGAUCAGGAGGUGGAGCGGUUGUGGACGUGGGUACGCUCGACAUUCCUGGUGGCUGAGACGGAGAGGUCGGUCGGUGGACAGGUCAGAUUUGCCGUCCCGAUCAAGAGGGACGGGUCAGACUCGAGCGACCUUCUGGAUGGAAGCCAUAUGGGCAAGCUGUUUCAAGCUAUUGAGGCGAGAAAGGUGGAGGUCGGUGUUCGCGACUACAGCAUUGAGCGGUCCUCGCUGGAGCAGGUAUUUUUGAAUGUGGUGGGUCGACAUGAUGUGGAAGAGGAGAACUCGCAUGCCGUUGAGCGGAAGGGGCUGGUCCAGAAGUUCCUUCGCAGAAAGAAGUGA